AUGUUUAUUUUUAAAUUGCGGUAUUAUAAUUCUUCAAUUUUAACAGAACUGAAUGCUCGAUUUGGACUUCUAAAGAAAGGAAUGUCAGUGAUUGAAUUGGGUUCUGGCUCAGUAAUUAUUUAUUUAAAUUAGGGUCAUUGGACAGAAACAUUGAGAUAAGUAAUUGGUUCAAAUAGAGAUGAUCCAAAAGUAUUUGCUAUUGAUGAAGUUUAAUUACCAAAAAGAUAUAGAGAUGGAGUCAUUUUCAUUUAAGGAGAUGUAGAUAAAAAAGAAACUUUAAUGAAACUUUAAAAAUAACUUGAUUUAAAACCUGUUGAUUUAGUAAGAAUAAAUUAAGAAUUUAGAUAAUAUCUAAUUUAGAAACCAGAAGUUAAAAUGAUAGAGAUAUUGAUAAUUUUGAAUAAAUUAGAUUAAAUAGAAUUGCAUUGAAUAUAGCAUUAAAAACUUUAAAAACAGGUGGAACUAUGUUGAUUAAAGCAAGAGAAGGUUUACCUGAAGAAUAAAACUAUAAAUUUAUUAAUCUUUUCUUUCGUGAAACAAUAAAGAUUAGACCCUAAACAGCUAAAUUAGAUUUUCUUAAACAUUAUUAUUUGGGAUUAGGAUUUAAAUAAAGAGAUGAAUAUCUAAAGUAUCCAACCUUUUUUUAGAAAGUACUUAAUUUUCAAGAUGAUGAACUAUUGGAAGAAGAAAUUCCCCCAAGCUUUUAAAGUUAAGCUGAAAGAGACUUAGAAAUAUUAGAGUUUUUAUAAUAUGCUUCAAAACAUUAGAUUGCUGUUACUUAAAAUUAAAUAGAUGAAAUUAAAUAGAAUCCAAGAUAUAAAAAUAUUGAUUGGGAAAAAUAUCCUCUCUUUAUAGUUCCAGGUCCAUUAACUGAAUAUUAAUAGUAAAUGAUCUUAAUUGCAAGAUAUAAUGGUAAAUUAAGUUUUACUCCUAACACUAAUUCUGUGGAAGAGGAUGUAAAGAAAGGUUAAGAAAUAAUAGAAAAAAUAGAAAAGGCAUUAUUAAAUGAUGAAAAAUCAAAUGAAUUAUUGGAAGAAGGUGAAAUCUUAGGUUAAGAUAAUAAAGAAGAAACAGAAGAGUUAAAAAUAAUGAAAGAAUAAAUUAAUCGAAUAGAAUAAGAAGAAGUUUAAUAUGAAAUGAAAAAAUAAGAUUAAGAGAAAUUAAAUAAGUGGUUACAUGAUUCUACACAUAAAUAUAUUUCAGAUAAUUAUAAAGGGGUUACACCUGAAAAAAUUAUUUAAUAAGAGAUUGCAAAGGGAAAUGUAACUAAAGAAGAAUUGCUUGAAUAUUUUUAAAUGAAUGAAAAGAAUUUAAUUGAAAAGGCAAAUAAAGAAUAUGAAGAUUGUAAUUUAUAUUUAUUUAAAUUUAUAGAAUUACAAAGAAAAGCUGAUAAAGUAAAUUAAUAAAUGACGAAAGAACAUAGAUAAGAAUAUUUUAACAGAAAAAAAGUAUUGAAGACUAGAAGACAGUGA